AUGCGAGAAAAAAGAUUUAUUCGCAGCAACAAUGAAGCUACACUCUAUGUUAAGAAACCUGGUAACGCUGUGAAACUGAUUGUAUCAGUGUAUGUUGAUGAUUUGUUAAUAACAGGCCCUGAUGAUGAGUUUCUGAAGGAAUUCAAAGCUCAAAUAAAGUCCGAAUUUGAUAUGACCGACUUAGGAAAAAUGUCUUACUUCCUAGGAUUGGAGUUUAAGCAAUUGGAAGAUCAAAUUUUUCUCCAUCAAAGUAAAUAUGCUGAGGAUUUGCUCAAAAAAUUCAGUAUGAAUUCUAAACCAGCUCCAACGCCACUAACUAUGGGUUUGAAACUCAGCAAAGAUGAUGGUGAGAUUAAAACUGAUGCUCGACUCUAUAGAAGCAUAAUAGGAUGCCUUCUAUACUUGUCAGCUACCUGGCUUGAUAUUAUGUUUGCCACUAGUCUCUUAUCUAGAUUUAUGCAGCAACCAUCAAUGAUGCAAAUGAAAGCUGCAAAAAGAAUCUUGAGGUACAUCAGAGGCACAACAACAUUUGGGCUUAAGUUUGUGAAACAGGGCAGUAAUCAUCUACAAGGUCAUUGUGACAGUGACUGGGCCGGCAGUGUGGACGAUUCAAAGAGUACCACUGGCUAUUGCUUCUCAUUUGGAGGUGCAAUCUUCUCCUGGAACUCAAGGAAACAGGAGGUGGUAGCUCAUUUUUCGACUGAGGCAGAAUAUAUAGCAGCAUCUUCAGCAACUAAUCAUGUGUUAUGGCUCAGGAAAUGGCUUGAUGAUCUAGGUUUUAGAACCAAACAUAUUCGAGUGAAGUUUCACUCAAUCAGAGAAGCUGUGAAGAAUGAUGAAGUUGUAAUCAAGCACUGCAGCACCAAUGAUCAAGCUGUUGAUAUCUUCACAAAAAGCUUGAACCAAGAUAAGUUUUAUUUUUUCAGGAGCAAGCUUGGAAUAUGCGAGAUAAAUUCCAAGGAGGUGUGUUAA